AUGAGCCAAAACAACCCUUCAUCCUCACCACCUGCAAAGGCUUCUUCGUACAAGGUACUCCCAACCACUCCUCCCAAUAACAACAGCAGCACGAGUAGUGGAGCUCAGACCAGAUCAAGAACCACCAUAAGACCAUUGCCAGGAAGUAGUGGAGGAGGAUCGGUUGGUCAUCAUCAUCCGAACAACAAUAACAGUCCCUCUUCCACGAGUGGAGGAAGACCAUCAUUACCAGUGUUACCUUCUCAAGAUAAUUUGGGUGCUCAUACCCAUCGGUUGGUAUCCACAGUGAAGACUAGUUUGGAUUACGAUCAAUUUGCUCAGAUCAUUACGACGAGCCCAAGCCUUCUUUCUGCUCUCCAUUCACAACGAUUAUUGACUUCUUCAGAAGUGGACGAGAUGGCCUCUGCGUUGUAUCAACUGGCAAGCGCACUCUCUACCUUGUGUUUUAUGAACAAGGUAUUAAUUGGAAUUGAAUUUGAAAGAGGAACAGAUACAUCUACUACUCCAACUGGAAGCGGAUUAGUCAUUAUGAGAGGAAAUACAAUCGCUACUAAAAUCAUGGACAAUGUUGUGAAAUCGGAAGGUGUCAAUUAUUUAAAGAGCAUUCUUUUAGAACCAAUGAAAAAAGUUCUCCUCGAUGAAGCUCUCGAUUUAGAAAUUGAUCCAAGCAAAUUUGAGGCCAGUUCCAGAAUGGAGUCAGAAACUGAUUUACCUUCCUUGGAAGAUACAAACUUUGAAGGAAAGCCCAAUCACGAGAUUCGAGUUGAAGAAAAUUUGGAAAAUCUCAAUCUGUUUUGUAGAUACUUUUUGGAUAGAAUGUUGUCUCGUGAAGCUUUGGACACAAUGCCUUUCAAUAUUCGAUACAUUUGCAAGAUCAUUUAUGAAAUGUGUCGCGACAAGUACCGAGUCGAAAAUGCGGAAACUCUCAUUGCUAGCUUUGUUUUCCUAAGAUUGUUUAAUCCAACCAUUGUUUAUCCAGAGUCAAGAGAAAUUUUGCCUACAGAAGUCAAGAUUCAUUCCAAACAACGAAGAAAUUUGGUUUUAAUAUCAAAAGUGGUCCAGCAAAUUGCAAAUGGUUUCGAAUUUGGAGCAAAAGAAACCUUCAUGAUUCCUCUUAAUCCUCUCAUCAAUGAGUAUAUUGAGAAGGCCAAGAAAUUCCUUGUCGAAUGUGCAACCCUUGACUGUGAAAAGAAAUUGGAAGCCAUGGAAAAACAAGUGCCUGAAAAAGUGAAGAGUAAGGUCAUUUCAAACGAUGACCAACUCAUUCAAGAUGCAAUGAAUGUUCAAAUGUUGAUCAAGGCUCACGAAAAGACCAUUCUUGAAAAGAACAAUCAAAACUGUAAGGACUUGAUCAAUGUUUUGAGUAGAUUGCCAAAAAUUGAAGAGGCUAUCAAAACCGAAAUGCUUCAACACUCAUCAUCAAGCAACAACAACAGCAGUCAUUCACUCACAUCUUCAUCUGUCACAUCAAAAGAAGACAAAAAGUAUCAAGACUCUGAGCGAUAUUUGGAAUUGCUUGAGAAGGCCAAACAAGAAGAUGUCAGAGAUUUAGAAGCCAUGAACGUUCUCACAUGCAGACACACUGAUCCACAAGGACGACCAGUAGUCAUCUUCUCUGAAGAAAAGAUUAGAAAAGAAGAUUUGGACAGAACUCUCCUUUACAUGAUUGCCAAGUUGGACAAGGUCGUAGAAAAUGACUAUGUCAUGAUAUGGUGCGUGAGUAAUUCGACGUCACAAGCUCGCCCUGGAUUUUCAUGGAUGUUAAACGUUUAUAGAACCAUUACUAGAAAAUAUAAGAAGAAUCUCAAAUCCUUGUACAUUCUUCAUCCAACCAUGAUGAUUAAGGUCAUUAUGAAAUGUUUCUCUCCAUUUGUGAGUGAAAAAUUCUGGAAAAAACUCCACCUCGUUGACUCUAUUCAAGACAUUUACAAAGACAUUCCAGAAGAAACUCUUCCAUUGCCACCAACCACCAUUGCAUACGAUAUCAUGCAAAAUAAUAUCAAGAGUAAUCAAUAUGCUCUGUUUGGAGCUCCUCUGGAAGAUAUCAUGACCAAUAGAAAGGAUUGUAUUGGAUGUCUUGUUCCAACUCCAAUCAAGAAUUGCAUGGACUUUAUGAGAGAACAUCAUGCAGACACACGAGGUAUUUUCAGAAUUAGCGGAAAUCAAGCCACUGUGAAUCAACUCAAGAUUUUAUUGAAUCAUGGUACGAAUGUAGAUUUACAUCAUGUGGAUUGCCAUGUUCUUUCAAGUCUGAUUAAGCUCUUCUUCCGUGAAUUACCUGAUCCUCUUUUCAAAUAUUCCAUGUAUGAUGAAAUUAUUAAGUCUGUGAAAGAGGCUGGAAGUUCUACCUCAACCAUUAUUGAAAGUUUAAAGACUAUUAUUGCCAAAUUACCUCAAUAUCAUUUAGAGUUAGCAAAGGAAUUAUUUUCUCUCUUGUAUUAUCUCCAAACGCUUUCUGAAGAAAACAUGAUGAAUGCACACAAUUUGGCAAUUGUUUUUGGCCCAAAUAUUAUUAGAUCUAAUAGUCCUAAUCCUUUGUUGGCGCUGCAAGAUAACGGACCUCUGACAUAUGCCACAGAAAUUAUGAUUGGCUAUUAUGACCAGUUAUUUACGUCAAGCCCAAGCGGUAAUGACAAUGCACGACCUGUUUCUCGAAACCAUCGUCCACAAGCACUCGACGCUGGAGAUUUGGAACAAUUGAAAAAUUUAAACUUUGACCAACAAUAA